AUGUUCCAAAUCUUCCGCACAUCAUUCGUCCAGUUUGUUUGCAUAGUACUGGUGACAGGGAUCGGACACCCGAGCAUGACCAAGCCACAGGUGAUUCAGAAAGACCAGCCCAAAUCGUUCUUACAAAGGAGAUCUCAACAUGAACAUAAGAAGCCAUUAAUAGCCGUUCAGCUGCAUUUGGUCGAGCCUGGCAUGAUGGAUGUUGACGAUAUAAGCACUGCUACAUCGUCCCUUGUACAGGAGGGAGGAAAUGAAGGCAAAGUGAACCCGGCGGUGCUGAUCGACAACAUAGACAAGAGCGAGAGGAAAGAGGAUGUGGCUCUGGAAGAUUAUGUAAAUUAUAGACUUCCAGGUGCAACGCAGGAGCUCGAGAAGUUGUAUGCCAAGCUGGGGCAUCUCAUUAAUGGUGAUUCACAGUGA